GCUUCCAGUGAAAGGGACUUUCAAGAUUUUAAAGGUAAUCCAAGUCAAGUUCAGGCAACAGAUUCUCAGAGCUCUGCAUCUUUCCCUAUGAUCGAGUCUCCCCUUUUAUCUGAAAAAUCAAGUCUUAAAGUCUCAUUCACUCCAUCACCAUCACCGGUUGUUGCACUUGCAUCCUGGCUAGGCUCUAACUAUAACGAAUCUAAAAGUUCUACCUUUGGUUCGCCUUCUCUUGAAUCAUAUGCCUCUGUUAAUGAAGUUGAUGCAUCUUCAGAGCGAAAGCCAGGCACCCAAGGAUCUUCAGCUGCCAAUGCAUUCUUCACAGUUAGUCCAAAACUUCUCCUUGAAACAGAUGAAACAGGGUAUGGUGGCGGGCCUUGUUCUGCUGGAGCGAGUGCCGUGUUAGAUUUUAUGGCAGAGGCACUGGCUGACUUAGUGACUGAACAGAUUAAAGCAGUCCCUAUUCUGGAAAGCGUAUUGGAAAUGGUUCCUUUCUAUGUUGAUCCUGAAAGUGUGCUGGUCUUUCAAGGCUUAUGCCUUAGCAGGGUCAUGAACUAUCUUGAAAGGCGUCUCUUGCGUGAUGAUGAAGAGGACGAGAAAAAACUGGACAAGGCCAAAUGGUCUGCGAAUUUGGAUGCAUUUUGCUGGAUGAUAGUGGAUCGUGUUUAUAUGGGUGCAUUUUCUCAACCCACUGGUGUUCUUAGGGCUCUAGAGUUCUUGCUAUCGAUGCUCCAAUUAGCUAACAAAGAUGGUAGGGUUGAAGAAGUCACUCCUUCAGGGAAAGGUCUGUUAUCCCUUGGAAGAGCAACGAGGCAACUUGAUGCUUAUGUGCACUCAAUCUUGAAAAACACAAAUAGAAUGGUAUUAUAUUGUUUCCUGCCAUCGUUCUUGAUAACUAUCGGAGAGGAGGGCCUACUAUCCCAACUGGGUUUGCUUGUUGAAUCUAAGAAGAGGCCAUCUCCAAAUCCAGCUACUGAUGAAUCUGGGAUUGACAUCUCAACAGUUUUGCAGUUGUUGGUGGCAAACAGGAGAAUCAUAUUCUGCCCAAGCAACCUUGACACUGAUUUGAAUUGCUGUUUGUGUGUGAAUUUAAUCUCCCUGCUCAUUGACCAGAGAAAGAGUGUGCAAAAUAUGUCACUUGAUAUUGUCAAAUACUUGCUAGUACACCGAAGAUCUGCUCUUGAGGAUUUGCUUGUCACUAAACCAAACCAAGGACAAAAUUUUGAUGUUCUACAUGGAGGUUUUGAUAAGUUGUUGACUGGAAAUCUACCUGAAUUCUUUAAGUGGCUUGAAAGCUCCGAUAAGAUUAUUAACAAAGUACUGGAGCAGUGUGCUGCAAUUAUGUGGGUACAGUACAUAGCUGGCUCGGCAAAAUUUCCCGGUGUCAGGAUAAAGGGCAUGGAAGGUCGUCGGAAGAGAGAGAUGGGAAGAAAAUCACGAGAUAUGUCGAAGUUAGACCUAAAACAUUGGGAUCAGUUGAAUGAACGGAGAUAUGCGCUAGAAGUAUUGCGUGAUGCCAUGUCUACUGAGCUUAGAGUAGUUCGGCAAAACAAAUAUGGUUGGAUACUUCAUGCUGAGAGUGAGUGGCAAACUCAUCUCCAGCAGCUUGUACAUGAGCGUGGGAUAUUCCCAAUGCGCAAAUCCAAAGGGGCUGAAGAUCCCGAAUGGCAGCUCUGUCCUAUUGAAGGUCCAUACAGAAUGCGCAAAAAGCUUGAACGAUGUAAGCUAAAGAUUGAUAGCAUCCAGAAUGUUCUUGACGGAAAGUUGGAACUUGGGGAAAUUGAGCUUCCCAAAGCCAAAAAUGAAGAUGGACCAGUUAUUUCUGACACAGAUUCCGAACCAGCUUUCCUGCUCAGUGAACUUUAUGAUGAGUCAUUUUUGAAAGAGUCUGAUGAUUUUAAAGAUGUCUCUUCCGCCAGAAAUGGAUGGAAUGAUGAUAGAGCUAGCAGUACAAACGAAGCAAGUCUUCAUUCUGCUCUUGAUUUUGGUGGAAAAUCUAGUACAGCUUCUGUGCCCGUAACAGACAACACACAUGUGAAAUCUGAGAAUGGCUCUCCAAGACAUUCAUCUUCUGCUAAAAUGGAUGAAACUAAUGGCCCAGAGGAAAAAUCUGAGAAGGAACUGAACGAUGAUGGUGAGUAUUUGAUUAGACCAUAUCUGGAGCAUCUUGAAAAGAUUAGGUUCAGAUACAAUUGUGAGAGAGUUGUUGAUCUCGACAAGCAUGACGGAAUCUUCUUAAUAGGGGAAUUCUGUCUCUAUGUGAUAGAAAACUUUUAUAUUGACGAAGAUGGGUGUAUUUGUGAGAAGGAAUGCGAAGAUGAGUUAUCCGUUAUUGAUCAAGCAUUGGGUGUGAAAAAAGACGUCUCUGGAAGCUCGGAUUUCCAUUCCAAGUCUAGCACAUCAUGGACUACAACAGUGAAAACAGGAGCAGUUGGUGGAAGAGCAUGGGCAUAUGGUGGUGGUGCUUGGGGAAAAGAAAAAAUGUGCAUGACUGGUAACUUGCCGCAUCCUUGGCGUAUGUGGAAGCUUAAUAAUGUUCAUGAAAUUUUGAAACGUGAUUACCAGCUCCGUCCGGUUGCUAUUGAGAUAUUUAGCAUGGAUGGAUGUAAUGAUCUCCUCGUGUUCCACAAGAAAGAGAGGGAAGAAGUUUUCAAAAAUCUGGUUGCCAUGAAUCUUCCAAGGAACAGCAU